GCCGUGCGGCGGGUGGCACCCCCCCUUCCCGCUUCCUCCUCCUCUUCCUCCUCCUCCUCUUAACUUGGCCGCGGCGGCGCGGGGCGGUGCGCUUCGCCCUCCGCCGGCGGCGGGGGAUGCGCGGGCGGCGGCGGGAUGGCCUCGGCCGUGUUUGAGGGCACCUCGCUGGUGAACAUGUACGUGCGGGGCUGCUGGGUGAACGGGAUCCGGCGGCUCAUCAUCAGCCGGCGGGGCGACGAGGAGGAGUUUUACGAGAUCCGCACCGAGUGGUCGGACCGCAACAUCCUCUACCUGCACCGCAGCUACUCCGACCUCGGCCGCCUCUUCAAGCGGCUCCUCGACUCCUUCCCCGAGGACCGGCCCGAGCUGUCCCGCUCCCCCUUGCUCCAAGGGCUUAUCACAAUAAAAGAAGCCCAUGAUAUAGAAGCCAGACUUAAUGAAGUGGAAAAGCUUCUGAAGACUAUUAUAAACAUGCCCUGGAAGUAUUCAAGAUCUGAAGUUGUCCUCACGUUCUUUGAGAGAUCUCCUUUGGACCAAGUUCUAAAAAAUGACAAUGUCCAUAAAAUUCAGCCAAGCUUUCAAAGUCCAGUAAGAAUAUCAGAAAUCAUGCGAUCAAAUGGAUUUUGUUUAGCCAAUACUGAAACAAUAGUCAUUGACCACAGUAUACCCAAUGGAAAAGAGAAGCACCUGGACGUAGAUUCAGCAGAACACUUGUUCGAAAGUGUUAGUGACUUUACCUCAGAACUAGAAGACAGUGAUGAUCCAACAGCUUAUGUCACCAAUUUGACAUACUACCACUUGGUCCCAUUUGAGACUGAUAUUCUGGACUGAGGCUGCUCAGUGAUGCAGUCAGCCAGCAUCCAGCCGACCUCUUCAUCCAUAGGCUCUGCUAUCUCCAGCAUUGCAUCUCUGUGAAUAAGGCUGCGCGGGCAGGACCAAAAGCCAGAGGAGUUGCAGCAAGUACGCCACAAACCUGGUUUUGUAGUCUGGCCCUCCACUGUGUGUUAUGGAGACAUCUUGUAAGGAGGUAACUGCUUCGCUGCUGACAACAAACUCGUUUUCUGUGAAAGCAAGCUAGCAGAGGCCUCUUGGGGCUCAAGGAAAUCUCUACUAUGUGAGAAUUGUCGGUCAGACACAGCCAUCAGAAACUUGUGCUGUAGUAUGCUGUCACCCAUGCUGCUUGGCUUGCAGUGCAAGUUGGGGCUUCCUUUUUUAGGAUACCACCAGAAACUUCCCCAGAUGGCGUGACCACACUUUUUAUGCUAUGUAAGCAAGAAGGCGAGCAAACCAGCUGAAUUUUGUCAGUUCCCUGUGUGGUUGCUUAAUGGAGGUCUUGUGGGUCACUUUUUGCUCAGCUACCGGGUGACUGGUGCCUUACACGAGAUGUCAGAAAUACCAUUGAGUGCCUCCAGGAAACAGAACACAUGAGCUGACCACUUCUUUUAAUCAUGGGGUUUUAUAUAAUCACUGAAGAGGUGACUACUCUUUCCUGGAAUAGUAAAGCAGACAGCAGCUGGCAUUGCAAUGGACUGUGCAUGAUGUUUGGGUACCCAUGUGAUUUCAGAGAUCUGGAAAGCUGAUGGGAAGGCUGAGCUGCCCUGCUAAGAAGGGUCAAGGCUAUGGCAGGAACUUGGAUAUGAUUUUUUUUUUCAUGUGGACCAGCGAAUGUGAAUGGUGCUUACAGUUGUUUACAUCAGAGAGAUAAUUCCCUAUGCAUAUUUCUCCCUGGAGGAUGGGAAGGAAGACAAUGAGAUUUAUGUUGUAUUUGGACUGAAAAAGAAUGAUAAGCUACAGUGUCUACAGUGGCAGGAAAAACGCUCUGUCCGCUGCCGGCCUGGCUCAAGGAGUCUGUCUAGCUUUCCAAUAUCUGCCUGCAGGGCCAGGUGCAGGCCUCAUUGUCGUGUAAUGUCAUGGAUUUCAGUGGCAGUAGGACAGUAGGAGCAAGAGUGAGAUUGGACCCUGCAACCUCUUGACUACUGAGUAGUACAGUGUUAAAAUCUCCUCGGGGUCUGUGUUUUGCAGAGCACUCUGAAAUCUCAGCUCUCACUGUGAGUGCUUAACACUUGCCAACCUGACCUUUCAUUGAGCUUUUUUCAAUCUGUUUGCAAACAUGAAUUUGAACAGAUUGAAAUGGGAAGAAAUGCAUUUUGGACUUGUUUCUUGGUAAAGGGGCUUACUUGGUCCCCAAAAAGUUGAUACAACUCACUUCUGCAGACUUUUCAUUUCUCUCUAUAGAAUAACAUUCAAAUAGAAUUUGCUAAUGUAAAUAAUAAAUUAUUGAGAAUCCUAAUUCUUUUACACAGUAUGUUUUUAAAAUAUAUUUUAAUGAAAUAAAAUAUAACUCACCUUCAGUACACUUCUGCAGCUUAAAACAAUGGCUUCCUUUUUUUUUCUUUUUCUUUUUUUUCUUUCUUUUUGUUUUAUUUUUUUUGUUUGAGGAUGCUUUUGCAGGUACGCCAAAUCCUCUUUCUCUAGUAAUUUUGGAAAUGCGCUGGGUUUUGGCAAUUCUUUCUGUGCUCCAUGUGUUGCCCAUACUGCAGAUAUGUGAAACCUCUGCCUAACUGUUGAUCUUGUGUCUAGCUGUAUGUGGUUUAAUGCCACUAAGAUUAGUGGAGGAAUUCUGCAUUUUCAAGACCAUGAGUGAAAUCAAAUGUGUCAGGUUUGUUGUUUUUUUUUAAGACAAACCAGGUUCUCGUAUGUUAAAUUUCUGGAGUAGAAAGGGGUAUUUUCACUCAUGCAAAGGUUUCUGAGCAGCCUCUUGAAUUAGAAUUGGGAAGGUUGGUUGGUUGGUUGUUUUACUCUCAUUAGUUUUAACUCUUUGCUUUCAAAGUUAACCAUUAUGGGGUAGAAAUAACAUCUAGGAAACAUGUGCAUUGGACUGGGAAUUGGUAUAUUUGAUUUCAAUUCCUGGCCUUGCUGUCAGCCUACCAUGUUGCUUUGGGUAAUUCUGCUUCAUCUCCCUAUCCCUGAGUUUUCCCUGAGUAAUAGUUUGAAAACCACCAAGUGUCAUUGGCUUUUGAUGCAAUACUGUCCCCGAUUCCUUUGAAUUUUCCUAUGAAUUUUUAACCACAUGAUAACUACUUAUCUUUUUUAAAGCAUUUUAAAAUAUAUGGAUUAAAAAAUAGAGAAGUAUUGCUAAUAUUUUAAAUGUACAACCACAUUCCUCAUAUGAAAACCAGCUAAGCUGCACACACAGUAAAGUCAUCAGGGAGUCUAAUGCAAAGGAACUAAUCUACAAACAGAAUUUGUACCCAUUUCACUUGGAUUUUUCAAAAGCCAUUUUGAUCAAGUAUUUUCCAGACAUGAUGUCAUGUGAUUUUUUUUUUCUCUUAGGUGAAAUAUUUUUAUUUGAUAAAUCAAAGGAAUGCAAAUGGCCAUGUGUAUUACUUUGUCCACAGAAUCAAUUAAAAAACCCUUUGGUUAAAUUGCUGCAACUUUCGCAUGUGGAUCAGGUCUCUACAACUGAGAGAGGUUUAGAGUAUGAAUUCUGCAUAUGGUUGAUUCAAAUGUACCUUACUGUUGACCAAAAAAAAAUAUAUCUUUGCACACAAUUGAGAAAGGAACACAGAGAAUUUUCUUUUUUUUUUUUCUUUUCAACCAGCUCUAAUUAUAGACUAGUAACAUCCUGCAAGAAGGUAGUCUAAACUCAUUGCCAGAUAUCAUUCCAUUAAGUUUUGUUUUGUGAUGUAGCACAAUGCUCAACUUCUCCAACUGUGCUUCAGUUUCCGUUCUGUUUGGUGGCAUGUCAUGGCAAUAUCAUAAAGAGAGCAUCGCUUACAAUAGCACAUGGGUUAGUGUAGUAAUUCUGAACACUUUGAGUGCAGAAGGGAUGUUGGAUCCAGAGUCUAGGCCUGCAGUGUAGCAGUUUAAACAUAGGUAGUCACGAAAAAUCUGCAGUCAGAAGAGAAUGUUUUGCUGUCAAGGCAGACUAAGGCCUUGGUGUAAAGCUUAUGGUUCAAAAUGUGGUUGGUUAAGCCAGUGCUCCUCAAGCAAUAUAAUGUGAUAAAGGGCUAAUAGGUAGGAGGUAAAAAUGUAUGCACAACUACAAAUGCAUGUGAGUUGUGAAUAGUGUACUAAGAUGUAACCCUAUUACUCAUUAAAGAUAAAAUAGCCCUAAGUUUACGUGUUAGUGAUGAGAAAGUGGACCUGGUCCUCCCAGAGAAUUUGUUGGGAUGCAGAGAGCCUGUAUGAGCAGUUCUCACUCUGCUGAGAAAAGGAAGUCUCCAGCUGAAGUGUUGACUCUUGCCAUGCCCUGGUGUCAUCUCUCUCCUAUUCUGGGCCAGUGGUUCUCCAGCUCACACUUUAUAAUUACUCUGUGGGGCUGGCCUGGCACACAGUCCACCCGCAAUGCCAGAGGGCACGAGACCCGUGCAAGCAGAGUGUGCUUUCUGCUGUGUCUCGCCAGCCCUUCACGUGGGGCUUGAGCCACUCUUUUUGGCUUCCUGGUAAUGUCCUCAGCAUCACACAGGAAUGAAAGGAGUAUUUGUGUCAGCUGAAGCAUCAGGUGGUCAGAAGCAAAUAAAGGAUGGCAAAGUGGAACCACAGGUGCUCAGUCUGUGGGUCAAAUGUGUUCCUUCUCUUGGAGUGACCAUCUUCCAAAACAGUCGUGCAGAUGUCUGUUGGGGAGUGGGACGGCUGGAUGCAUUUUUUCUUUCCACUGAGCCCUUUGGGGGAAUUUUUAAACCAGAGGAUUUGUGUCACACCAGAGCCUCUCACAGAAGAAAGUUUAUUUAUCAAUAAAUAAGCCAGUACCUAAAAACGAA